AUGUCCCGAAUCGGCGUCUUCCCAGCGUCCGGCGGCCUCGGCUCCAGCAUCGUCAAGCACCUGCUGACCCUCGUCCCAGCAUCCCAGCUAACCCUGAUCUCACGCAACCCAGAAAAGCACGAGAAUGAGUUCGCUGCCGGCGCGACCGUCGCUCGCGGCGACUACGAUUACCCCGAGACGCUGGCGCACGUCUUCGAGGACAUCGACGUGCUGAUGCUGAUUUCGUACGCGUCAUUCGAGAUCGAGCAUCGGGUGAAUGCGCACAAAACCGCCAUCAACGCCGCCCGGAAGUCCGGCGUAAAGCACAUCUUCUACUCGUCUCUUGCGUUUGCCGGGGACUACGCGCAGUCCAGUGUCGCGCAUGUCAUGGGCGCGCAUUUGGAGACUGAGAAGCUCCUCGCGGAACUUAGUGCCGGUCCCAACCCGACCACGUACACGAGUAUCAGGGAGGGUCUGUACUCUGAGUCGUUCCCGAUCUACACAAACUGGUUUGAUUUACGGGACCCCAGUGGUGAGAUCACGAUCCCGCAUGAUGGGCACGGGCCUGGGGUAGCGUGGGUUAAGAGGGAUGAGCUUGGUGAAGCGAGUGCGCGGCUUGUCGCGAACUAUGCGACGGUUGGCGGGGCAAAUGGGCCCGUUGCGGAGGCGUUUCCGUUUGUUAAUAAAAUUGUACUCCUUACCGGGUCUAAGGUGUACUCGUUGAAGGAGACGGCGGAGGUUCUUGGACGAGCUGUUGGGAGGGAUGUGCGGAUUCGCGAGAUUGGUGUUGAUGAGUAUGCGGGGCUUGACCAUGCGGGGAAGCACACGUAUCACGGCGUGGAUCUUGCGAGGGAAUGGUGUACGGCGUGGGAGGCGAUUCGGCGGGGUGAGACGGCGGUUGUUACGCCAACUCUGAAGGAGAUUUUGGGGAGGGAGCCGGAGGACUAUGAGACGACGAUUCGGGGCAUACUCUGA